UCAGAAUCAUCCAAAUUAGAAAUAUUUCGUGGUGGGUUGUUUUUAGAAUAUAAUAGCUACCUACCCACUCAAUUCAAUUACUAAAGCUGUUGUCAAACAAAAAAUAAUGUCGGUCAUUGGACCCGAGUUUCUGGCUUUCAUUAAAAAGUUAGAAGACAACGGCGACCAGCUAACUCCGGGAACGCCGAUUGACCAGCCGAUAGAUUUUGAAUUCAAUAAUUCAAGUUGUUACAUAUGCAAUGGGUACUAUGGUCCAAGUUUUGGAGAGCCUGUAUGUGUGACAUGCCAUGCUUUUCUAUUUCCCGAUUUCUUAUCUUACCUGCCAAGUUCAUACUUCAGCAGUGAGAAGACAGAUGAUGGAGACUCAGGGAAUGAUGAGCCAUCUGAUUUGAACUAUAGUGCAGAGAGGAAGGUGAACAAGGCCUGCCCACUGCCAGCAUGGUGGUACUACAGGAAUUCUCUAGACAGCGAAACAAGCCCUGAGGAUGAGGCAAGUCGCACCAGCAACUCUGGCCCAGCUGCCAGUGGGAGCGGCAGUGGAGGUAGUGGGUCCGGCCCCUCAUCUGCCCCCAGAGAUGGUAUUGAGGACCAAGUGGGGCAAGGCCCUCCUCCUCAACCCCCCAAUCUUGCCCGCUCGCUCCAAGCUUUAUCUACACCACGGUUACCAGAUAAUCUUGCAGAAGGACUUUUAGAACAGCUACCUUCUGAAGUGCUGCUGUGCAUAUUCCGCUACCUGGACGACCUGUCGCUUUGCGCGUGCGCAUGCGUGUGCGUGCGCUGGCGACGGCUGGUAACGGCGCGCGUGCCACCGCCGCGCUGGGCGUCGUUCACUGCGCGUCGCUGGCCGCUUUUCCGCCCGCUGCUGUCCAACAUCGACUGGCACAAGAAGUACCAGGCGCUGGUGGAGUCGUGCUUCUGCCGCAACUGUCUGGUGCAGAUGUGUGUAUUGGCGCAGCCGCCUGGUGACGAGAACGCGUGGAGGCGGAACCGGUUGAAGAUUGAACUCAAGAUGCUCCGCAACGACCCGCCGGAGGGCAUCGCGGCGACUCCCCUGGACUUGAAGGGCUGCCACUGGCAGGCGAGUGUCACGGGGCCCGUCGGCUCGCCCUACGAGGGGGGUGUCUUCUACCUCUACAUACAGGUGCCCUACUCGUACCCCAUGAGCCCGCCCGUGGUGCGUUUCCUGACGCGCAUCUUGCACCCCAACGUGUCCCGGCAUGGCGACGUGGGCAUCGACUCCGUGCAUCACAACUGGUCGCUCGCACUCACCAUCUCCAAAGUGCUCAUCUCCAUACAGAGCCUGCUCACGGACCCCUAUACACAGGUGUGCAUGGAACCAGAGUUGGGCGAAAUGUACGUGCGGGAUCGCGCGCGAUUCGAGUCGCUCGCGCGUCGCUGGACGUGGCUUUAUGCGAUGCACGACAUUCUAGUGGAGUAAAUAGGACUUUGAAAUGUACACCUCCUUUAUUUAUUAUUCGUCAGGUGAGCAUGAAACAAGAGUCGGGCGAAAUGGUCGCGAGAGAUCGUGCACGAUGCGAGUCGCUCGCUCUUAGACGCUGUAUGUUACUUUGUCAAGCCAUAGGGCCUUGAAAUAGACACCUUAAUUAUAUUUAACAGGUGUGCAUGGUAUCGGAUUAAGAGAGUUAUGUGAUAUAUACUUGUGUAUCUUUCACUCGCGCGUUGCUAGACAUGGCUUCGUAGGAUGCGCGAUAUAGUUGUGGAGUCAAUAGGGCAUUGAACUGUACUACACCUCCUUUAUUCACAUUUGUUACGGGAGUAUGUAACCAAAGUUGGGCGAAUAGUACUUACGUGAGAGUUUUCGCGAUUCGAGUCGCUGUAUUUGGCUUUGUGUGAUGCGUGACACUCUUGUGGACUCGUAAGGCCUUAAAAUAGAGACCUUAAUUAAUUUUUAACAGGUCUGCAUGGAAUCGGAGUUAGAGAGUUAUGCGAUAUAUAAUUGUGACAUCGCGCGCGAUUUCUGUCGCUUUGCUAGACGUGGCUUUGAUCGGCGCUAUAGUUGUGGAGUCAUUAAUACUUUCUUUAUUCAUAUUUGUUAGGGAGCAUGCAACCAGAGUUGGCCGAAAAGUAUAGGUUUGCGCGCGAUUCGAGUCGCUCGCGUGUCGCUGGACGUGCCUUUCGCGAUGCACGACAUACUAGUGGAGUAAACAGGGCUUUAAACUGUAUACCUUCUUAAUCCAUAUUCGUCAGGUGAGUCUGAAAAAGUAUUGGCCGAAAUGUACGCGAGAGAUCGCGCGAUUCGAGCUCGCGCAUUGCCGGAAGUUGCUUGAUGCGUUGCGUGAAACACUAGUGGUGUCAUAAGGCCGUGUACAUGGAAUCGGAGUAAGAGAGUUAUGCUAUAUAUACUCGUGAGAUAGCGCGCUAUUUCUUUCGCUCGCGCGUUGCUAGACAUGGCUUUGUAGGAUGCUUGAGCAGAGUUAUUUAGGGCUUGGAACUGUACAACACCUCCUAUAUCGAGCAUGUAACCGAAGUUGGGCGAAAGUACCCACGUGGGAGUUCGCGUGCGAUUCGAGUCGCUCGCGCGUCGCUGCACGUGGCUUUACGCGAUGCACGGCAUAUAAGUGGAGUCAAUAAGGCUUUGGAAUAAACACCUCCCCAAUUCAUUUUCGGCAGGUGUGCUUGGAAUCGGAGUUUAGCGUUAUGUACUUGUGGACUCGCGCGCAAUUUCUGUCGCUCGUACGUCACUGGACGUGGCUUUAUGCGACGUACAUAAUAGGGCUUUUAAAGUAUUUACAUCAAUUGUAGGAGCUAGAAGGACGAUUUUUUGCAUCUAAUAUUCACUUUAACAAAGUGUUGGAUGAUUCUUUUUUUUAAAUUAUCCCUGGAUUGAAUAUAAAACGUGUGACACCUUAUUUAUUUAAAGAUAUUUAGAGUAAAAUGCGAUGGCCAUUUCGGCAUGUUUGAUAAAUCAAACCUAAUAUUAUAUUUCAGUUUCAGUCUAAUAUUUCAUACGUGUUUUAUAACUAUUCUUUUAUUGUACCCAUACCCACCAACGAAAAAGGAUCGACAGUGAUAAUGUAUUUUAAUUAUUUGUUUUUAGUUUAUUGAAACAUUUAUUUCUGUUGUCUGUUUCGAGCAUAAAAAGUAAUCUAACGAUUGCAAUAUCAACACUUAUUUAUA